UAAACCUUUUCUCUUCCUCUUUAGCUCCUGCUACUGCAACUCACUGCCACACCCUUUUAUAGCAGGAGAAACCCUCUCUUCUCUAUCUCUGUCUAUCUGUCUAUAUAGUGAUGCCUUCUCUUGCCAUGCCUCAAUCUCUCUCACCCGAAGUUUGCAAAGACAAGAAGGAGAAGAAGAAGAUGAAGAGCAACACGAAAACCCUAGAAUUCGACUCUUCCGUAGAGAAGAGCAAGAAGGGUAAGAAGCUGAAUAAUAUUGAGAUGAAUUCGAAGGUUUCUGAGUCUGAAUCUGAAUCUGAAGAAGAUUCGCAGCAGAAAUUGUUGGAGAAGAAGAAGAUCAAGAAGAAAGAGAAGAAACGUAAGUCAUCGGAGAUUUUAGAAGAACACGGGGAGGAGAAGAGCGAUACGAGCUCGGAGUCGGGCGAGCCUAUGAAUUUGAAGGGGGUGAGUGGUGCUAAAUCGGCGAAGAAGAAGAAGUUGACGGAGGUUGAUGAUGAGGUGGAAGCAAAGGUUGAUGAUAAAGCAGAAAAUCCGAACGCGGUAUCGAAAUUUAGGAUUUCGGGACCGUUGAGAGAGUUAUUAAAGUCGAAGGGGAUUGAAUCCUUGUUUCCUAUUCAAGCUAUGACGUUUAACACUAUUUUGGAUGGUGCGGAUUUGGUGGGUCGUGCGAGAACUGGACAGGGUAAAACGUUGGCAUUUGUGUUGCCUAUAUUGGAGUCACUAACAAAUGGGCCUACAAAAGCAUCACGAAAGACUGGCUACGGGAGGGCACCAAGUGUUCUUGUACUUUUACCUACUAGGGAAUUGGCCACUCAGGUGGCCGCUGACUUUGAAGUCUAUGGUAAGGCAUUGGGGCUGACUUCAUGCUGUUUAUAUGGGGGAGCUUCUUACCAUACUCAAGAGGCUAAAUUAAAAAGAGGGGUCGAUAUAGUUGUGGGAACACCUGGCCGCAUUAAGGAUCACAUACAAAGAGGAAACAUUGACUUCAGCUCAUUGAAGUUCCGUGUCCUUGAUGAAGCUGAUGAAAUGCUGAGGAUGGGUUUCGUUGAAGAUGUUGAACUUAUUUUAGGCAAGGUAGAGGAUGCAAAGAAAGUUCAGACACUCCUCUUCAGUGCCACCUUACCAGUCUGGGUGAAGAAUAUUUCUUCUAGGUUUCUGAAACAAGAGAAGAAAACCGUAGAUCUUGUUGGUAAUGAGAAAGUGAAGGCUAGUACCAGUAUUCGCCAUAUUGUUCUUCCCUGUUCUAGUUCAGCCAGAUCCCAGCUUAUUCCUGAUAUUAUUCAGUGUUAUAGCAGUGGUGGCCGCACUAUUAUCUUUACUGAGACAAAGGAUUCUGCUUCUGAACUUGCUGGCUUGUUGCCUGGAGCGCGCGCUUUGCAUGGGGACAUCCAGCAGGCUCAGCGUGAGGUCACACUUUCUGGAUUUAGAUCAGGGAAGUUCAUGACAUUAGUGGCCACAAAUGUAGCAGCACGGGGAUUAGACAUCAAUGAUGUCCAAUUAAUUAUCCAGUGUGAGCCUCCACGUGAUGUAGAAGCGUAUAUUCAUCGAUCUGGACGGACUGGGAGAGCUGGAAAUACGGGGGUUGCUGUGAUGCUUUAUGAUCCAAGAAGGUCUAAUUUUUCUAAGAUAGAAAGAGAAUCUGGUGUGAAGUUCGAGCAUGUAUCUGCUCCUCAGCCACUUGAUAUUGCCAAAGUUGCUGGUGUAGAAGCAGCAGAGACAAUCACCCAAGUCUCUGAUAGUGUUAUUCCGGCCUUCAAGUCUGCUGCCGAGGAGCUAUUGAGUACCUCUGGUCUAUCACCUGUGGAACUGCUUGCAAAAGCACUUGCCAAGGCUUCUGGUUAUACCGAGAUUAAGAGGAGAUCACUUCUAUCUUCCAUGGAGAACUAUGUUACAGUACUUCUUGAGGCUGGCAGACCCAUUUACACACCAUCCUUUGCUUAUGGUGUCUUGAGGAGGUUUUUACCAGAGGAGAAGGUUGAGACAGUUAAGGGUAUUGCUCUCACAGCUGAUGGGAAAGGGGCUGUCUUUGAUGUGCCUUCUGAAGAUUUGGACACGUUUCUUGCUGGCCAGGAAAAUGCUGCAGGUGUGAGUUUAGAGGUGGUGAAAGAAUUGCCAGAUUUGCAAGAAAAAGAGCAGUCAAGAGGUGGUCGAUUUGGUGGUGGUGGCCGCGGUGGAUAUGGUGAUAGGAGAAAUGGUGGUAGGUUCUCAGGAGGAAGAGGUGGGAGGGGUGGUUUUUCUGAUCGAAGGAACAGCAGUGGAGAGAGAGGUCGCAAAUGGUAAAGCACUCUGGAACUGGUGCACAGAAGCAUUGGAUUGUUGUAGGGCAAAACUUAUUCUGCGAUAAUGAAGAAAAUAUUUCAUAUUCGGCCCAAUGAAUUGAAAAGCUGAAUAUGAUUGUUUUCAUAUUUAUUUAUUUUCACAUCUUUUUUCAUUUUCUGGGGUUUUUCCCACCGUCCCCAAAUUUUUUUGCCAAUUUUGCUUGGGAAUAUUAGAAAGAUGAUUGUUAAGCGUGUAAUCACAUUUUCGAUAAAUGUAUUCCGAGUUAUUUAGUUA